AUGAUAGUGAAAGAAGUACAAAAGGAGGAGUUUAUAGAGGAAAUAAACUGCUUAAAAGCAAACAAGACGAUUAACUGCAAAAGUAAGUUAAUAGCAUUCAACCCUAUAUUAGAUCAAAAUGGCGUCUUACGAGUCGGCGGCCGGCUGAGACAUGCCAAUAUCGACCAAGAAACAAAACAUCCCGCUAUCAUCCCUAGUAACACAAGAUUAGCAGAUCUACUAAUUGAUGAAGCACACGAGCUCACGUAUCACGGCGGGCCACGCCUAACUACAUCAAUCCUGAGGCGUAAAUAUUGGCUCAUCGGUGGUAUUAGAGCAACGAAAAAACGUCUACGUCUUUGUAUAAAAUGUAGAAAACAUAAUCCUGAUCAACAAAACCAAUUAAUGGGCGACCUGCCGCCAGCCAGGUCUAACCCGUCGCGCCCCUUUCUUCACACAGGGGUGGACUACACCGGUCAUGUCAUGAUUAAAGCCAACAAGGGCCGUGGCAUCAAAACCACAAAGGGCUACGUAGCUGUGUUUAUAUGCAUGGCUACUAAGGCUGUACAUCUGGAGUUAGUUUCGGAUCUAACAGCGUCAGCCUUUCCGUCAGCACUGCGUCGAAUGGCCGCAAGAAGAGGUGUGCCCGCUCACAUCUAUAGCGAUCAAGGCCGUAACUUCAUAGGAGCCAACAAGAUCCUCCAACAAGAAUAUGAUGCAUUGCGUGAUAUCAUCAACCAAGAUUUUCUAUCAGAGGUGACUAGCAUGGGCAUUGAGUGGCAUUUUAACGCUCCUUCGUGGCCGUCAGCAGGUGGGCUGUGGGAGGCUGCCGUUAAAAGCCUAAAAUACCAUCUCAAGCGCGUCAUUGGUGAACAAAUGCUCACAUUCGAAGAGUACAGCACCAUCCUAACUCAACUAGAGGGCUGUUUGAACUCUAGACCGCUAUGCUCUUUAACAGAAGACCCCAACGACAUAGAUGCCAUCACACCGGCUCACUUCCUAGCAAGUAGUCCCACACUAACCAUAUACAACACAGAAACUGAUUUGAGAACCAGAUGGCAUCUAACCCAAAGCAUAUACAAGGAUAUUUGGGAUCGUUGGUCUAGUGAGUACCUUACUCUACUAGCAGCGAGAAGCAAGUGGAGGAAGCCACAACGUAAUAUCAAGGAAAACGACGUUGUAGUGAUCAGAGACGACAAUCUUCCUCCCGGGAAAUGGCCCUUGGGACGGGUUUCCAUGAUCAAGAAAAUGAACAACAAUCAAGCAAUCAAGUCCCAAGUAAACAUGAAAAUCAUUCAAAAACAAGUUCAUCACACUCCAACAAGAAAACAUACAGCUUAA